UUUCGCCCGCUGGUGUCUGAGCUGGUGGUGCAAAACGCCUGCGGGCACCUGGGCUUAAAAAGCGACGAGAUCUGCUGGACUAACUCCGAGAGCUUCGCCGCCUGGUGCCGCUUCGGGAAAAGGGAGUUCAAAGCCGGCGGGGAGCGGCGGGCUGCCGCCGGCACCCCGCACCAGCAGCAGUACUAUCUCAAGAUUCACUUGGCGGAGAACAAGGUCCACACGGUGAGGUUCCACAGCCUGGAGGAUCUAAUACGCGAGAAGCGCAGGAUCGAUGCCAGUGGCAAACUGAGGGUGAUCAAAGACCUGGCUAUAGUGGAUGGGGAAGAA